AUGCCGCCGAAGGCAGUUCCAGCCGACUCAACCACUGUAGUCAAUCCAGAAACCGCAGAUGUCACCUCUUCCGACGUCUGUGGCUUUGUUUGUGGUGACACCGUGGUCGCAGCACGCGACCUGCGUGUUCGCGGCAAGGUGGUAGUUCGACAAGGAGGCAGUGGGUAUGUGGUUGGACCGGCUUCGUCCUCCGGGCGAAUCUGCGUACAGUUUGAGCAGCGGGAAGACCAAAGUGACAACCGCCUCAACUGUCUGCCAGAUGAGCUCAGGCACACGCUGGCGGGAGGUUACCUGGCUGGAACCCGCGUCCGCUGCAACAAAGCCUUAGAUGCACCGAGCAGGGUGGUGAUCCCUGCAGGGACUUCGGGUGUCGUAGUGGGCCCGGCGCGCGACUCACAGUUCCAGCGCCUGCUGGUACGCUUUGCACUCCAUGGCCAUGAGCAUGUCGAGGAGGUCGCCUGCGAUCCUGUAGACAUCGAGACCAACAUUCCCGGCAAUUUCCGCCGUGGCAACGCCAUCGUUGCGACGCGGGACCUCCGUGUAGGUGGGCAGGUGGUGGUGCGGGAAGGAGUGCUUGGAACCGUGGUGGGACCGAGCACGUCGGACUCGCAGCACCGUGUCACGGUUUCUUUUAGUCACAGAGAAGAUGGCAGCCGCAACCGCUUGAACUGUGUUGUCAACGAGAUCAAACUGUAUCUUGCUGGUGGCUUGGAGGUUGGAGCUCGCGUUCAGGCGGUCCGUCCCAUCAGCUAUGACGGCUUCGCGCCUGUUCCGACAGGAUCUGUGGGUACUGUUGUUGGGCCUGCCAUUGAUGAACCCUUGGCCAGAAUAGUUGUCCGUUGGGAUUCAGCAUCACCCACAGGCACACCGCCUGAGAGAGAGGCACAUUCCGACGAUGUCCGACUUAUGAUAGCAGGCGGCUUCCGACGUGGAGAAACUGUACUGGCUGCAAAGGACCUUCGAGUCAAGGGCAUAGUCGUGGUAAAGCAGAACGUGCUUGGGACUGUCGUGGGGCAGAGCUCGACGGAUCCAGCUGGCCGAGUCACUGUCGCCUUUGCUCGUCGGGAGGAUGGACGCAGCAACAAUCUGAACGUGGUUCCAGCAGAAAUCCAGCACAUGCCGUGCACGGGUGGCUUAGUUCCUGGUGACCGAGUCGCAGCUUUGCGCCAACUACUUGUGGUGCCCAAAGGUGCCCAAGGUGUUGUGGUCGGCCCCUCCUGCUCGCAAUCAAGCCGCGUGGCGGUUCGCUUCAGCUCGCAAGAGAGCAGCGGCGACAAGGAGGGAGGCGAGGACGUU